UCACGCUGAUUCUGCAGUAUCUGGCCGCUCCUCGCAGGCCCUUGGCCUUGGGAGUGAAGUGACCCUGACUGCAGGGGGCGGUGUGGGGACUGGAGAUGGCAGCAGCUGGGGGUCUGGUGCUGGUGGGAACUUGAACAUGUCAGGGGCGUGCAGAGCCCUGGAUGGGCCAGCUGUGCAGAGGCGAGCACUUGGCCUCUGUGGCCCUGGGCAUGUCUGACAGGGUGCUGGCUGUGCUGGGCACACAGGGCGCCAUGUUCUGGAAGUUUGACCUGCACACGAGCUCGCACCUGGACACGCUGCUGGAGCGGGAGGACCUGAGCCUGCCGGAGCUGCUGGACGAGGAGGACGUGCUGCAGGAGUGCAAGGUCGUCAACCGCAAGCUGCUGGACUUCCUGCUGCAGCCGCCCCACCUGCAGGCCAUGGUGGCCUGGGUCACUCAGGAGCCGCCGGCCAGUGGCGAGGAGCGACUGCGCUACAAGUACCCCAGCGUGGCCUGCGAGAUCCUGACCUCGGACGUGCCCCAGAUCAAUGACGCCUUGGGUGCAGACGAGUCCCUCCUGAACCGGCUCUACGGCUUCCUGCAGAGCAGCGGCAGCCUCAACCCGCUGCUGGCCAGCUUCUUCAGCAAGGUCAUGGGCAUCCUCAUCAACCGCAAGACCGACCAGCUGGUGUCCUUCCUGCGGAAGAAGGAGGACUUUGUGGACCUGCUGCUGCAGCACAUCGGCACCUCGGCCGUCAUGGACCUCCUGCUGCGCCUGCUCACCUGCGUGGAGCGGCCCCAGCUACGGCAGGACGUUGUCAACUGGCUCAACGAGGAGAAGAUUGUGCAGCGGCUGAUUGAGCAGAUCCACCCGUCGAAGGACGACAAUCAACAUUCCAACGCUGCCCAGUCGCUGUGCGACAUUAUCCGCCUGAGCCGGGAGCAGACGAGCCACGUGCAGGACAGCCCGGAGCCCGACCAGCUGCUGGCCACCCUGGAGAAGCAGGAGACAGUUGAGCAGCUCUUGAGCAACAUGUUUGAGGGGGCGCCGAGCCCAUCCGUGGUCGUCAGUGGGGUCCAAGUGCUGCUGACGCUGCUGGAGCCCAGGAGGCCGAGGUCCGAGUCUGCGACCAUGAACAACUUCUUCAGCAGCGUGGAUGGGCAGCUGGAGCUCCUGGCCCAGGGGGCCCUGGAGAGCACGGUGUCCAGCAUGGGUACCCUGCAUGCUUUGCGCCCACGGCUUAGCCGCUUCCAUGAGCUCCUGCUGGAGCCACCCGAGCUGGAGCCACUGCAGAUGACGUGGGGCAGCCUGGCCCCACCACUGGGCAACACGCGGCUGCACGUGGUCAAGCUGCUGGCCAGUGCCCUGAGCGCCAACGAUGCAGCACUGACGCAGGAGCUGCUGGCACUGGACGUGCCCAACACCAUGCUGGACCUCUUCUUCCACUACGUCUUCAACAACUUCCUACACACCCAAGUGGAAGCCUGCGUGAGCGCCAUGCUGAGCUCAGGGCCCCCACCUGACGGCAGCUCCGACGUGCCCGCCCCCAGCCCUGCCGUGAAGCACCUACUGCAGCGCUGCCGCCUGGUGGAGCGGAUCUUGACCUCCUGGGAGGAGAACGACCGUGUGCAGUCUGUGGGGGGCCCGCGGAAAGGCUACAUGGGUCACCUGACACGUGUGGCCAACGCCUUGGUGCAGAAUGUGGAGAAAGGACCCAACGCUGAGCAGCUGGGGCAGUUACUGAAGGAGCUGCCUGAGGAGCAGCAGCAGCGGUGGGAGGCGUUUGUGUCAGGGCCCUUGGCUGAGGCCAACAAGAGGAACACAGUGGAUCUGGUGAACACGCACCACCUGCAUUCCUCCAGUGACGAUGAGGACGACCGACUGAAGGAGUUCAACUUCCCUGAGGAGGCCGUGCUGCAGCAGGCCUUCAUGGACUUCCAGAUGCAGCGCAUGACCUCGGCCUUCAUCGACCACUUUGGCUUCAAUGACGAGGAGUUUGGGGAGCAGGAGGAGAGUGUGAACGCACCGUUUGACAAGACAGCCAACAUCACCUUUUCCCUCAAUGCCGACGACGAGAACCCCAAUGCCAACCUGCUUGAGAUAUGCUACAAGGACCGCAUCCAGCAGUUUGACGAUGACGAGGACGACGAGGAGGAAGGCCCGGGCUCGGGAGAGUCUGAUGGAGAGGAUGGCGCCUGGCAGGACGGCCAGCUGGCAAGGGGGCCCCGCCCAAGCCAGCCCCCCGGUGUCCGGAGCACUGGCAGUACAGACAGCGAGGACGAAGAGGAGGAGGACGAGGAGGACAACGGGGAGGAGGACCAUGACCAGGCGGCCCGCAGGGGGACUGGCCUCCCCCUCUACCGCAGCCCCAGCCCCCAGCCUCCAGGCCCUGGCUGGACAGCCGCCUUUGACCCAGUGCCUACGGACACCCUGAGCGGCCCCCGAGUCUCGGGGGAAGAAGAACCACGUUCUGGACCCCCAACUCCUCAGGGACCCUUCAAUGUGUCCCAGAGCCUGGCCAGCCCUCCAGCCCAUGAUGCCCUGCAGCUCAGGUCUCAGGCCCCCUCGGGCCCUUUAGCACCUCAGGAAGCCGCCGAUGGCGGCACCGUGCCAGAGCCCUCAGCUCCCUGCCAGGCCUUGGUCAGCGUCGGGGACCUCCAGGGCACCCUUCACGGGACAUGCUCCACCCCCAGCUCCUCGGACAGUGUGGCCAGAGACCCCUCUACCUCUGUCCCAGCCUCCGGGGCCCACCAGCCCCCCCAGACCAUGGAGGGGGGAAUGCGCCCUGAGUCCUCGGGACCUCCCCAAAGCCAGAG